GACCAAAUGGCAGGAACAACAGAAAUUUAUGUUAGUAUUUGAUGAACUCCCAUCAUUAAGAUCCUUGCUACUUAAUGAACUUUACCAUCAGCAUAAUGCAAGCAAGAUUUUUUGUUACUUUUUACCUGCAUACUUUGGAAAGCUGAAAGCAUGGCAAACAUAUGAGUGAAUGACCUGGUUCUAAUAACAGUGAAGAAUGAUGGAAACUCAAGAUGAAAUUGCCAUUGUGGGAAUUGGAUGCAAUUUUCCUGGAGGGGAAGGAAUAGAUAAUUUCUGGCAAGUUCUCAUAGAAGGCAAAAACUAUGUCCAAGAAAUACCUCUAGAAAGAUUUGAUACAAGAGACUGGUAUGAUCCAGACAACAGCAAACCUGGAAAAACAAGCACAAGACACGCAGCUCUUAUUGAAGAGUUUAAUGCAUUUGACAACAGGCUUUUUGGAAUUAAUGAUGUGGAAGCUGGGUGCAUGGACCCACAGCAGAAGCUACUUCUGGAAUGCACCUAUAGAGCACUAGAAGAUGCAGGAGUCACUAGAGAAGACAUUAAUGGUUCCAAAACUGGAGUUUUCAUUGGAAUGAUGAAUCGAGACUAUUUGCUAAGAAGCAUCAGAAGCACCUCUGAAAUUAGUCAUUAUGAUGCCACUGGGGCAGCAAUGAGCAUAGCUGCAAACCGGAUUUCAUAUACAUUUAAUCUGACUGGCCCAUCAAUUGCCAUUGACACAGCCUGUUCCUCAUUUCAUUAUGCUUUACACUUCGCUUUGCAAGCAAUUAAACAAGGAGAUUGUGAAGCUGCUCUUUGUGGGGCAGUUAACUGUAUCAUAGAACCCCGAGUUUUCAUACCUCUUAGUAAAGCGAAAUUAAUCUCACCAGAAGGAGUCAGCAAACCCUUUUCUACAAAAGGUGAUGGCUACGGAAGAGGAGAGGGCUGUGGAGUUCUUUUACUGAAACCCUUAAAGAAGGCACAGCAAGAUUUCAGCAAAAUUUGGGGUGUUAUCAGCAUGAGUACCAUCAAUCAUAAUGGAAGAUCUGUCACUCCAAUCACCAGACCAUCUCAGCAGCAGCAAGAGAAUUUGCUACUCAGCAUUUAUCCUGCUCAUGUUAAUCCAUCCAUGAUACAAUACAUUGAAGCACAUGGGACAGGAACCCCUGCAGGAGAUCCUGUUGAAGCAGAAAGUAUAGGCAAUGUCAUUGGUAAAAUGAGGGCUGCUAACUUGCCUCUUCUCAAGAUUGGCUCUGUUAAAGGGAACAUUGGACACACAGAGUCUGCCGCUGGGGCAGCAGGCUUAAUCAAAGUACUUCUGAUGAUGCACCAUGGAAAGAUUGUUCCAUCACUGCACUUUUCAGAAAGCAACAGCAGCAUAAAUACAAAGAAAUUAAAUCUCUCCGUUCCAACUACAGUGGAGAAAUGGGAUGAGCCCAGUGAAUCUGGAAGAAUAGCUGGAGUUAACUCUUUUGGAGUCGGAGGAACCAAUGCCCAUGUGGUUGUCAGACAAUUUAAACAAACCCAAGUUCUUCCUUCAGUCAAACGUCCUGUAGAAUUAAUUCCUAUCUCUGCAGCCUCAGGCAAUUCUCUCAAACUGACAAUGGAAGACACAGCUAGAUAUUUGAAAACAAGUGACAGCGUGGCACUAUCAAAUCUGGCCUACACUUCUGCGUGCAGAAGAAGUCAUGUUAACUACAAGUACAGAAAAGCAUUUGUGGUGUCCUCUCUCCAGCAGUUAGAACAAGAACUUUGUUCUGGGGCUGAAAUAGAAACUGUUCCUGCAAAGAAGCCUCUUCAGUUGAUUUUUGUGUUCUCUGGAAACGGCCUGAAUUUGAAAGGAGUAUCUGAAACUUUGUUGAAAUCAGAACCGGUGUUCAGUGACAAAUAUAAUGAAAUACAAGCAAUGUUUCAGAAAUAUUCCACUUUCGAUAUUUUCAGAUUAACUGAAAGUGACCAGGAGGAUUUGUCAAAGCCAGACAUUGCCCAGCCUUUAAUCUUUACAUUGCAGGUGGCCUUGUUUACGCUUCUGCAAUAUUGGGGAAUAAGGCCAAUUGCAGCUGUCGGACAUUCAGUUGGAGAAGUGGCUGCUGCCCAUUGUGCUGGAUUGAUUUCCCUGGAAGAUGCUGUCAAAGUCAUCCAUCACCGGAGCAGGCUACAGGCUAAAGUCACUGGCGGCAGAAUGCUGGUUGUUGGGAAUGUCCCUGUUCAAGAAGUGUCAACAGCUCUUGGAGCAUACUCAGGGAAAGUCUGUGUGGCAGCAUUUAACAGUCCUCAGUCUUGUACAUUGUCUGGGGAUGCAGAUGCCAUUGAUGGUCUUCAGAAGCAUCUAGCUGAGCACUUUAAUAGAAGAAACAUAUUUCUUCAAGCUCUAAAUGUUCCAGUUGCCUAUCACAGCCACAUGAUGGAUACAAUACUAACAGAAUUGGCAGCAAGUUUGCCAGAAUUAAAAAAAGGGAAGGCAGAAAUUGACUUGAUUUCAACAACAACAGGGAAGACUGUUUCAGAUGAUGACUUUGUCACUGGCAAAUACUGGGCCAAACAGGCUCGAGAACCAGUUUGUUUUACAGAGGCCAUAAUGGCUUUAGCAAAAGACAAGGACAAUAUUGCAUUUGUAGAAAUAGGACCACAAAGAGCAUUGCAGAGGUACAUUCAAGAAAUCUUAGGAAUUCAGACCAAAGUGUUUCCUUCUUUGCAAAUUUUCAAAGAGCAUGAGACACUUCUCAAUCUUGUAAAAGGCCUUUUUGAAUUGGGGUUGAAUCCAAAUUGGGAACAUAUCUUUGAGGGCUAUCAGGGAAUACCAGCACCGUACCCCAGGUAUCAAUUUGAUCAUAAGAAACUCCUCUCAUUUAAUAACAUGGUCAGACAGACAACUGCAACAGCUGCAAACUUAAACCAUCUGUUAAUCCACAAUGUUAGCAAUGAUAACACUGAAUUCAGGUGCUCUGUUUCUCAGGCACUAACACCUUAUCUGUAUGAGCACAAGCACAAUGGCAUUGCUCUAGUUCCUGGUGCUUUUUUUGUGGAACUUGCUCUGGCUGCUGUGCUGACUGUCUCAAGACCAAAAGUGCCUGCAAAUUUAUAUCAGCUAAGCAUUAAGUUCACCUCACCUUGUGUUUUAAAUGAAGGUUUUCUUGAUUUAAAAGUAAAGCUGGACUCACAAAAAGAAGGAAGAGAUUUCAAAAUACUGUCCUCCUCAUCAGAUGCAGUUUUUGCAUUAGGACGAAUCAAACAGAAUCCAGAAGUCUGUCUUGAAGAAAAGAGCAUUUCAUACAAAGAUAUUUUUCAGCGAUGUAAAACAUUUGUCAGCAAGGAUGAAAUAUAUGAAACACUCUAUCAUUCUGGAUUUCACUAUGGUUCAGUAUUAAAGCAACUAAGUGAUGUGUUUUAUUCUGAAGAACUGAAGGAAGCCAUCACCAUUAUUAAAGUGAACAAACAAACCAGGGAAGAAAUGCAUGAGUAUUUUAUCCAUCCAGUGCUCUUAGACUGUUUUCUGCAUAUGACAGGACUUCUGACUCUAAAGACUUGCAAAAAUGUCAUAGGGUUUCCAUCAAACAUAAACAGUUUUGUCAUUGUUCGACCUUUAGAGGAAGAAAUGAUGAUAUAUUUGAAGGUAAACAAAUCUGCUGAGAACUACUUCGAAUUUUGCGGAUGCUUCACAGAUAAACAUGGCUUUGUUUUGGCUGAGAUGAAACGUGUUGGGAUAACUGUCAUUAAGGAAACUUUCAGGAAUGAAAAUAACUUGCUCUUUGAAAAUAAAUGGAAAGAGACUGAACACUCCCCAGUGAUCCAAACCUCAGGAGAAGCACUUAGAUUUACAGUGUUUGCUGACAAGAUUGGAGUCCAUCAACAGCUCAAAAAAUACUUGCAUAAAAAUUCUAACUUUCUGAUGUAUGAAGAGUGGGACAAAUUAUUGGAAUGCCAGAGCUCAGAAUCACCUUCUUGGGAUAGAGUUAAACUAGAAGUACAAGAGUACAGUGAUGUUUUGUUCAUGUGGGGAAUUCAAAGACUGAAUGAAAGAAACCCAGAUACCAUUGUUGCGAGUUUAUCGAAGUGCUGUGAAGCUUUCCGUCAGCUUAUUAUUGCAUUGAAAGAGAAGAACAACAGUCAGUCUUCCGUCAAGAUAAUCACUUACAGGACUGUAGACAACAAUGUAGACCACAUUAACCCUGGCUUUGCUUUGUAUGGCAUGGCCCGAUGUUGCAUGCUUGAAACUACUGGCAUUACUUUUCAGAUGAUUGAUAUCAGCUCAACAAGUACAGUGGACAUCUUAGCUUUAGUAGAUGUCUUAGGAGGAUACAAAGCAGAACUCUAUCCUGAAGUCUGGAUUAAUCAGGGGAACAUUUACACUUCUGAAAUCAGGCGCACUCAGGUUAAAGAUACAAUUUACAAUAAUCCUUCCCAGUCUAUUCAUCAUAACUCUGAGCUGGAGCCAUUCAGUCUUUAUACAUGUGAGCCUAAUGAGGCAAGAGAUAUAUUUGCUGAGCUGGCUGAUGAUACUAAUUUUCCUCUUGAUAAUCACAGUGUGGAACUGAAAAUUGAAAAAAUAAAUAUCCACACUGAAGACUAUUAUCCUGUUAGUGCUUGCAGCAGUAACUUUGGAAAAACAUUAUACUGGAAUUCACAAACAGUUGACAAGUAUAAACUCUUGGCUUUGGACUACAGUGGGACAGUGGUUGCAACAGGCACUGAAGUAAAAAAGCUCAAAGUGGGAGACCAUGUUGUUUCAUGCUAUCCAGUGGCUGCAUCUUCAAAAGUCAUUAUUCCAGAAACAGUAUGUUUUAAUACCCGAAAAUUCCAAUGUUUUGAAAUGGUACCCUGUAUGUCUUUUUUCAGAAUAGCAUGGGAAAUUGUGCAUCUGAUGCUACCAAAAAGCAAACAGAAUGGGUCUUUAGGUAUUAUUUCUACUGAACCAGAGUCAGUGUUGUGCAAAGUACUUACACACUCAGCUCAGGAAGCAGGCUGGAAAAUAGUGUGCACCAUACUUGACAGUAGCCUGGAGGAACAUGUAGCUCACUGUAAUGCACUUGUUUUUCUGCCUCCUCUAGAAAGAUUACCCAAAGAUAUUUUACUUCAUCUCUCACAUCUCCAGGAUGUUGUCGUCAUACAGGACAACUGCCAUUCUGAAUGCUUAAGAUCUUUGAUUGGAAGUGAUCAUGAAAGCUUUAAAAUUAAUGUUCUCAGUCUUGCCACCAUUUUCCAGAAGGCAUCUUUGAAACAUUCCCAGAAGGCUUUCUCUAACUGGCUGAAAUCAAUACAACUGAAGCAAUUUAAGAAUAUGCCUUGCUCCAUUUUUCAGCAUGCGGAGAACAGUGAGAGGACAGACACUGCAACAUCAUCCACAUUUGCCUGCAAGUCUGUCUCACUUGCUGUGCUGAAAGGCGAUGCACACAAGACCUGUAUUUCUGACAUACCAAUGUAUGAGUCAAAGAGGAAAAUGUUUAAGCAAAAUGCUGUUUACAUUGUCACAGGGGGGCUCACUGGGCUCGGCUUCGAAACUGUGAGGUUUAUUGCUCAAAACGGAGGAGGUUGCAUUGUGAUUCUUUCCAGAAGAAAGCCCAGUCUUGAGAAGCAAAAAGAAAUAAGUAAUCUACAGAACCAGAAUGAAUGGAGCAGAAUAGUCAGUUUGCAGUGCAACGUCAUCUUUAAGCCUGAGGUUGAGAGAGCUAUGAGUUCAAUCAGGAAAAUUUUUCCAAACUGUCCAAUUAAAGGUAUAUUUCACAGCGCUAUGGUUUUGCAUGAUGGAGUCAUGGAAGCUUUGAAUGUCAGUGCAUUUGAGAAAGUUUUAAGUCCAAAGGUUGCUGGAGCCAUCAAUCUUCAUUGUGCUUCUCAAGGGCAAGAGCUUGACUAUUUUGUGUGCUAUUCAUCAGUUGCUUCCUUUCUGGGAAAUUCAGUGCAAGCAAACUAUGCUGCUGCCAAUUCCUUCUUGGAUCUUUUCUGCCAUUACAGAAGAAACUGUGGGUUGUCAGCACAAUCCAUCAACUGGGGUGCCUUGAAUCUUGGAGUAUUACAAAAUCAAAGUCACAUUCAAAAUCUUUUGGAAUCAAAGGGUAUUUUAACCUUACAACCCAAUGAAAUUUAUGAGUCUCUUAAAAAAAUCUUAAUUCUGAAUAAUCCUCAACAAGCUGUUGUAAAGCUGAACUUCCCAACUUUUACCAGUUAUUAUUUUUUACGAUAUCCAGCAUUCAAAAAACGUAUGUAUGCAAUCAUGCUAGAAUUAACUGGCAAUAAUGUUGAGUUGUUAGAACAAAAUGUAGCCCAUGAUUUGGCUCCAAAGAAAGCUGAAGACUAUGUCUUGUCAUUGGUGAACCAACUCACUGGUACAGACUCAAGUGACAUUGCAAUGAAUACAUCUCUUUUUUCUGUUGGAAUAGAUUCUAUGCUAGCUAUGACUCUACAGCAUAACAUUUUUCAGGAACUAAAGGUUGAUGUACCUCUUGUGAAAUUACUCGAUCCAGAGACUACAGUACAAAGUUUAACAUCUUUUGUAGAAGAGGCAUUGAAGGGAGACAGGAUAGCCAAAAGAGAAUAAUGAGGGAAAGAGAACUGUGAAGGAGGAAACACAAAUAUGCUCAUAAUAAUUCUUUCAUUUUUUGAUACUACUACUAAUAGAGAUGCUCAACAGCAGUCACACUUUGACUAUACUAAAUAACAGGAACUGCUAAGAUUAUGUCAACUGUGAUUUCAUCACUUUUUUCAAUAACAAUUUAAAUUUGAUAACAAUUUGCUCUUUUACAUAAGUUUACUGAAGCCACUAACUUUUGAGUACUGCCUUAAUGCUCAUUUUCAUUUGUGGCAACAUAUAAAAAAGAGGGUGUCAGAGGGUAUGCUUACUCCUGGUCCUUUUAAAGGGGUUGCAGGAUUCAAACUCAAGUAUGAAGUGUCUGAUGAGUGUGGAGUUGGUAUUUGAAUUUGUACCUUGAACAUGUAUAUCACAUUUCAUUCCAAUAUCUCAAUGUUCAGCAGAGUAGUUGCAGGGAAGUAAAAUCAAAGUCCUUACCUUGAUGAACCAAAAAAAUGCUUUUUUACAUAAUAGGAACUUUAUAGUAAAUAUAUAACCAUUAAAUAGGCAACUUUAUAAAAUAAACUAUUUCAUGGUGUAAUUGAAGGCCUUUACACAGUAGACUGAAGAAUGUAUAGCCUGAAAAUCUUUGCAUAUAUAUUUCAGAAAUCUAUGUUAACUGAUGUAUAGUCAAGAAUUAUGUUGCUUUUAAUCUUUUAAUAAAUUUAAACUGCUUCUUUUAUAAGUUGGUACUGAAUAAUAUUUUCAAUGAAAUUUCAAAAUAAGUUAUUUCAGGUUUUAAUUGUAAAGUUGUAAGACUCAGUUCUCAGAACAGUUUAAAAGUUAUCUGCAAGUACAGUGGUACCCCGGGAUACGAAUUGAUCGCGUUACGAAAUUUCCGGGGUACGAAAAAGUUAGCUUUGAAAAAACUGUUCCGGGUAACGAAAGAUUUU